AUGGCAUCCCCAUUCUCAAUGCUAGGCAUGCUGAGCAAGGCUCGCCGUGCAGCCAGCAAACGAAUUUCAUCGACAGAUGACAAUAAUUCUGAUUCUCGAAGUAUCGCCAGCGUGUCCAAGGAGGACAAGAAGGCGAAGAAGCAAAGCUCCAAAAUCCUGCGCGCUUUGGAGGAGAAGUCGAAGGAAGGGGGAAAGGACACUCUCUUCCCAACCACGUCUUCUGGAUUGACGACCGUCGUCCCCGAGGCCACUACAACAUCACAACCAUUCUCCGGCAAGCCUGCUAGGACAGCUAGCGUCGGUACGGAUGAGCUGGGCUUCUCCGUUGUCCCACAGCAAGCCACAACCACCAUCCCAUCUGAGUCGACUUCUGUUGAUCCUUUCAACACCAUUACACCAUCGGGACCGAACUCCGUCGAGCCUUCCAGAACAGCAAGCGUCGGAACGGAGGAGCUGAGCUUCUCUGUCAUCCCACAGCCGACCACACGCACGACCACACCCUCUGAAUCACCCGCUAGAACAGCCAGCGUUGGAACAGAGGAAUUGGGCUUCUGCGUCGUCCCACAGCAGAUCACCACCACCACCAUCACACCCCCUAUCGAGCCCACCAGGCCUUCCAGCGUCAAAACAGACCAGUCAGACUUUUCGAUCGGGAAGGCACAAGACCAGGAGUGGACAGCCGUCAGUGGCGAUGUCGAGCCCUCAAACGCCUCUCAGCUUCUUCGCCCGACACUGGCGGCUGAGAUCCAAGAUCUUACGCGCGAGAAGGACGAUCUUGCAAUGCGCUUGAAGGCCGCAGAGGAAGCAGCAGCCAAGUCGCGGGCCGAGAGUGAAGAACGAAUUCAACACCUGCUUGACGGCAAUGCAGAGUUGAACGAAGGAAAUGCUUCAUUACUGAAGGAGGCCGAUCGACUGCUUGACGAGUCGAAGGAAGCGAGGGAGCGAGCUCGUGUCCUUGAGGAGGAUAAGGAGACGUUGGUGGCUGAGCUACGUUCCCUGAAGGCACGCCACGAUCUUCUCACGCAGGAGAAGGCGAAGCAGGACGAGGAGCUUCGGCUUGUCCAGGAAGAGACGGAGGACCUCGCAGCUGAGCUGCGAGCUCUGCGAGCGGAGAAGGAAGAGUUGAGGGACGAAGUGGAAGCUGAGAAACAGACAAGAGUUGCUCUGGAGGAGGAGAAAGCUGGUCUAGCAACGGAGAUACGGGAGCUCCAGGCUGAGAUCGAUACUAGGGACGAGGAGUUGGAGACGAAGUCCUCGAGAGUGAGUGACCUCGAAUGGGACUCCGCAGACAUGAAGGAACAGAUGGCGCAACUGCGCGAAGACCUACUUCGCACAAGUAGGAGGCUUGUAGAGGCGCGGAAUGGCGAGGCAGAGAAGACAACAGAGCUGACUAACCAAAUGCGACGACUGCAUGAUAGAUUCGGGUCGACAGAGCGACAGAAUCGGAUGUUGAAGGACCAGCUCCAAUCUCACCUGGACGAGCUGCAGAGUCGUCGAGCUGACGAUAGACAACCAUCCUCCUAUGCUGUAAACUCCGCCACCCGGCUAAAACACACGAGCGUCGUUACAGACGACGCGGUCCGCAUCGUCGCUUUGCUCAAUUCGGAGAUAUUCCAAGCGGCUGCUUGUUUAUCUGACAAAGACUUUGGUGAUAGGUCUGCCACGGUCGAGGGACACAACUUGGAAGUAGAGGCUCUCCGAGUAAAGGUGAAGGAGUAUCUGGGAGAUGACAUGGUAACGGUGCUUGAAUCAGUGUCGUCACAUAGGGAUGGACAAGAGUUCGACCCGUGGCCGCUUCAGAUUGCUUUCCAGGUGUGUUUAGCCUACUGCUGCAACCGCAUCAUCACGUCGUGGUAUCCGUGUCAUUGGGAAUAUGACGCCUUCUUGGAGACGCUGUAUUCGAGAAUUCAAGGAGUCGAAGAACCAAAAGCCGCUGAGAGAUGGCGGGCCAUUACCCGCGCCCGACUUGGCCCUUCGGAUAACAGAAAAACCCAGAUGAUAGAAUUCAUGUGCAGCUCUCUUCUCAACAUCCUAGUUCUGUCAGGUUGGUCGAAAGACUGCCCCUUGACGCGGAGUAUCAUGGAGUCCUUCGAGGAUAAACUUUCGAUCGUGGCAACGCUAGCUAUUCGCCUCCACGUCAUGCUCGGGGAGGAUAGAUCGCCUGAGCGACUGGAGACGCUCUUCAUACCACCAGGAACCGACUUUGACGAUGAGUUUAUGGACAACGAUUACGCUGAGGGGAAUGAGUCGGAUGAUGGAGAUGAGGUGGUCUGCACUUCCGAUAUUGGCCUGCGAAGAGUGACGAGAGACGGGAUAAACGUAAUCGUGAAACCCAAGGUCAUUGUACCUGCCGUUCUCGAGCAGAUGGGGCUUUAG